AUGCCUUACCUCGUGCAGCUUGCCUCUUGCCCCUUGAUCCUCGCUGCAUUUUAUGCCGUGUCUCUCGCAGCAGCAACCAAUGCAUCUCAUCGUCAUUGCAUUCUUGCAUCUCUCCGUUCACUCACUCAUCUCCUCCCCGCCCUGCCCCACCUUCCUAUUCCUUCCCCCCUCUCCAUAUGCCCCUACACACCCGGCACCUCCCCUCCACAGUCUUCAUUUCAAAUCACAUGCCGAUUCAGCAGUGGCAGCGGCAUAGGAAAAAAUCCAAGCCCUGGCAGCAAACCAGGCAAACGCCCCUCCUCCUCCUCCUCCUCCUCCUCCUCCCCAACUCCCUCCUCUUCUUCCCCACAACAAGCAAAGGCUUCCCUCCCGCUCCCACUCGCCUCCUUCCCCUGGGCCCCGCUCCUCUCAUCUAUUCUCGCGCGCUUCCACUCGCUGCUCUCCGUCUCCUUCUCCCUCCUCCUCCUGCCCUACCUCCUCUCCUCAUCGCUAGGAGAGCUUGCCUUUGCUCUCAGGCAGCAGCAGGUGCUGCUGGCGGGGGCAGCGGCGCUCGCUGCCUGUCUGGGCUGCUAUUGGCUGAUGGAGCGAGUGGGGAAGGAGCUGGGCGGGCUGGUGAAGGAAGGAGGGGCUGUUGGCAAGGUUCUUGCACUUGUUGUUCAGAACUCUACCAACCUUAUGAUGGUUGUUGCAGUCAUCUGUGCUCUUCUCAAGGCUGCCGGACCCUCCCUCCCACCUGUCCUUCGUGUCAUCCUCUGCCAAACCUCGCCCGCGAGCUCCGCCACCAGGCAGUUCGUGCAGCGCAACUACGCGGACCUGAAGCAGCAGAACCCGCACCUGCCCAUCCUCAUACGCGAGUGCAGCGGCGUGCAGCCGCGCAUCACCGCGCGCUAUGGGAAGCGCGAGUAUGGGGGAGAUGAGGGGGGAGGCGGGAGGGGGGAGUGGGGAGGGGACAGGGGGGAGGAAGGAGGGGGAAGAGGGGGGAGGGGGGGCAGCAUGGGGAUGAUGGUAGAUAGCAUGAGGCUUGUGCGGGCAGAUGUGUUAGACAGCCCCUGCCACUUCCAUCUAUCCCUUCUCAUCCCUGCUUCCCCGGUGCAUGCAUCUCAUACUGCCUUUCUGUGUGCAGACUACGGAGUGGAGCACAGCAUGGCACUGGAAGGCCUGUCUGAGGAGCAGAUAGAUGGCAAGCUCAAGGAGUUGCUGGACCUGGGCAAGUUGGCAGCAGCAGAUGCAGCAGCAGCCAAGCAGUAA